AUGGAUUUGUCGGCGGUGACGGCGGCAUUGGAAUUGAAAUCGUACAACAAAGUUGCCGAUAUCCUCGACAAUCUCAUGCUUCAGGUUGCAGCCGACGGUGUUGCUUUUCACAAUGACUGGCCCUACGCCAUUCAUCUUCUCUCUCACUUUUAUGUUCAUGACAUCAACAGUGCUCGUUUUCUAUGGAAAACCAUACCUUCCUCAAUCAAAGAAAGCAAACCUGAAAUCACUGCUGUGUGGAAAAUUGGUCAACAGCUUUGGUUAAGGAACUAUGGUGGAGUACAUGAGGCGAUCCGUGGUUAUGAGUGGAGUCAAGAACUCCAGGGUUUCAUUUCUGCUUUCUCAGAACUUUACACAAAAGAGGUUUUUCAGCUGCUUGUAUCUGCUUAUUCUACAAUAAGUAUUGAGGAUGCUGCUUUAUUUCUGGGAAUGAGUAAAGACGAUGCUACAAGUUAUGUGCUACAGCAAUGUUGGACUGUGGACUCUUCCUCUGGGAUGCUAACUGUGAAGAAGCAGCCUGUUGUGACAGAGCAGAAGCUAGAUCCUCGAAAAUUGCAACAGCUGACCGAAUAUGUCUUUCAUCUUGAGCAUUGA